GUGUAGUCCAAAGUCCUGCCGGUAUCUUGCACAUUGAAUCUGCAGAAUCUCCUUCGCAGUCCUAGUACUUUGAAAUCACUCAAUGCAUCGGUGCUGCCGGCGGUAGCGCUCUGUGCUUCUUCCUAAAUCCAAUUCCCACCACCAUCUCCGCAAAGAUGUCUACCUCGGAUUCAUACAUCAUUCAGGAUGCCUCUCCGGAAUCUUCCAAUGACCAAGACGAGAUCGAUUCGCUUCCUUCUUCGGAUCUCAGUAGUGAUUUAGACUCGGAGGAAGAGUCCGACGCACAGAAGGAGUGGGAAGCAAGCUUACAACAGCUGGAAUUGAUCUUGACGAUGGUCAUUGUGCCUUACGCUGGGAAGUACUUUGGCAGAAAGUUUGCAUAUUGGAGUUGGGCAAAAUACAUGACCUGGAUGUAUCCCGUCGAAGUCAGGUACACGAACAAAACUGCAUUUAAGGCUGCCGGUGCGGUGGAAGCUGCUGCAUCACUGUGAUGACAGAAUGGACAUAUGAGGCUGCAUAAAGUAUAGACGCCAGAUUAUGGGAGAAGCCUGCAGGUAUUGCAUUGGGAUUGGCGUUGAUGGUGUUCAAGCAUAUUGUGUAUAGAUUGUGCUUUUACAAGCACCAGUACAUAUAAGAACGAAGCUCCUCUUGACGAGUGGAUACCUCACAAAGACCUACCUUUGGAAAGUAUGAAAGGGAUACUUAGAUGGUACUUUCUCGAAGAACUUCUAGGAUGACUAAAUUGCACCGAGAAAUUGGAAGCUAAAUCGAGUGGCGAGAUAACCUUCUACAUUCAAACAUCUCUUCC